AUGACUACCCCAUCGUUACUAAGUGGAGGUAAACGAUCUAAAACUCAUACAGCCACACCGAUGCCAAAUGUAGGUGAACCAAUAACAGAAGAAGAAUUGAGAAAAAAAGAUACACCUAUUACAGUUGAUGAUGUUUUAAGAUUACGAAAACCAACAAAAGAAUAUUUAUGUGAAACAGAUGAAAAUAGUUAUAAAAUAGAUUUUGUUCGAUUUCGAAUACGUGAUAUGGUCAGUAAUCAUGUUUUAUUUGAGGUUGAAAGAUCGACAGAAGAUGGAGAUAUUGCUGAAGAUGAUUCAUCAUCAAGUCGUUUUGUUCAAUAUCAUUUUCCACCUACAUUUUUAAAACUCAAACAAGUUGGAGCACAGUAUAUCAAAUGUUUUAUACAAUUAUAUAUAGUUGAUUUUACUGUGGGUGAUAAAGAAGUCAAAUCAUUUCAAAUGAUUGAACGUCAUUAUUUUCGUGAUCAAUUGAUUAAAAGUUUUGAUUUUAAUUUUGGAUUUUGUAUGCCAAAUUCUCGAAACUCUAUUGAACAUAUAUAUGAUUUACCAGAAUUUAAAUCUGAUCAAAUUAAAGAAAUGGUCAAACAUCCAUAUGAAACAAAAUCGGAUAGUUUCUAUUUUGUUGACAAUUGUUUAAUUAUGCAUAAAAAAGCCGAAUAUGCUUUCAAUAUGUCAGCUGAAUUAGUAGAUAAUGCAAGAGAUGCAAAAGCUCAAAAUUUGAAAAUAUUUACAGUAAAAGAUCCAUAUCUACGUGGUGGAUUUUAUUUAGCAUUUUUAGAUGAUGGAUGCGGUAUGCAUUAUGAAGAAGUAUUUAAUGUGAUUGUGUUUGGUAAAUCAAAUAAACGUAAUAUUGAAACAAAUCAAAUUGGUCAAUAUGGAAAUGGUUUGAAAUCGGGUGCCAUGCGUAUUUCGAAUGAUUUUAUUUUAUUUACUAAAAAAGAUAAUGUUGGUACAUGUUUAUUUUUAUCACGUACAUUUCAUACUGAAGAAGAUUUAAAUCAAGUUAUUGUACCCAUGCCAUCAUUUAAUUUAACAACAAAAGAACCUUUAUUUCCAUCAAAUAAUGAGUAUGAUCAAACAAGAUAUGAUACAGAAAUGAAAUUAAUCUAUAAAUAUUCACCAUUUAAAACACGUGAUGAAUUAUUCAAACAAUUUGAACAAAUUAAAUCAUCAUCGGGUACAUUAAUUAUACUUUAUAAUAUGAAAUUAUUGGAUAAUAGUGAACCAGAAUUAGAUAUCAAAACAGACAAGUCAGAUAUUCUUAUUGAUUCAAGAGAUUCUCGAAGUAUAUCAGAUGAUCAUUAUAAUAUUCCAGCUGAACGUCGAUCGUUGCGUGCUUAUGUAUCAAUAUUGUAUUAUGAGCCACGUAUGAAAGUCUAUAUUCAAAAUAAAAAAGUUAUAACAAAAAAAUUAUCAUGUUCAUUAUAUAAACCAAGAAUGUACAAAUGUAUGUCAAAUCGAUUUAAAAAACGAAGUGAAGAAGAAGCGAAAAAAGCGCAAGAAGAUUGUUUGACUAUUGAAGAUCGAGCUAGAGAAGCUGAAAGUAAAGCAUUGGAUUUAGCACAACGUAUUGGUAACAGUUCAGAUUUAACAGAUCGAUCGACAUUGAGAAAAGCACAAAUGGCUGCUAGUCAAUUAAAAAGUACAUUAGAUAUCAAAAAACGAAUAUUGGAAAGAAAACAACGUGAAAUUAAAGAUCCAAAAGUCCUGAAUUAUAUAUUUGGUUUAAAUGUACAAGAACGUUCAGCUGACGGUGUCUUUGUUUAUAAUUGCGGUCGAUUAAUUAAAAUGUACGAAAGAGUUGGCAUUUUGAAUAGCAAAGCAUUAUUUUGUCGUGGUGUUGUUGGUGUUGUCGAUGUCCCAUAUAUUGUUCUUGAACCAACACAUAAUAAACAAAGCUUCGCAGAUGAAAAAGAGUAUGCUUAUUUAUUAAAAAUAAUGGGUGAUUAUAUGAAACAAUAUUGGGAUGAUACUGGAAUCGAAAAUCAUGUACUUGAAUUUUGGGAAUCAUUUGGUUAUGCAAAAGAAGGUGGUUUAGAUACAUCGCCAUCAAAUGAGUCGAUAUAUAGUCAACGUCGUUUAAGUGCUGUGGGUGUAUUAUUACAAUGUGAUAAAUGUUUAAAAUGGCGUCGUUUACCAUUUGGAUCAGCUCCUACGACACAGCCAGAUACAUGGACAUGUUCACAAAACCCAAAUGUUGAACAGAAUAGUUGUGAUAUACCAGAAAAACAAGACAUUUUAUCUGAAGGUACACUUAAAAAGCCAACAAUAUCAUCUCCACCAUCACUGCCCAGUAGUGAUGCAUCAAAAUCAAAGCGUAUACUACCAACGAACGGUGAUCUUGUUUCAUCAUCAACAUCUCCAAGCGAUAAAGAAAAAGCAUCAACAUCUCCAAGCGAUAAAGAAAAAGCAUCAGCAUCUGUUCUUCUAAAACCAUCAUUACCACCACAACAAUUGUCAACGAUGUCAAGACGAUCAAUAACAUCAGCUGCACAAUCAAUUGUAAAUAAUAAAAAUAAUAAUAAUGAUAAAUCUACAAAAUCAACGUCAAAAAUAACCCAUUCAUCGUCAAAUACUCGUCAAUCAUUAAUUCAAAAACAACAACAACAGUCAAAACGUAGUUCAAUGAAACGACCGCUGAGAAAGUCCGUCACACCACGAGCAUCUUCUGGAAAUGUAACACCUACAAAAAAACGUCGCACAACAGCAAAACUAUCUGAUAGUAGAAAAAAUGAUCAGAGUAGCGAAGAGGAAGACGACGAAGAAAAAACAGAAGAGUCAGACGAUGAAGAUGAACAACCGAAAGAAAACAUACGUUCAACAAAAUGUGUCACUGCAAAUGGUGAUACAACAUUAAGAUCAUCAAAUCAACCAGCUAGUCGUGAAGUGAAUUCUUCAUUAUCAACAACAAAUGAUGUUACAUCUUCCACUGAAAAUACUAAUGAUGAUUCAGAUACAAUCCAAUGUUCUCAACGUUUACCACCACGUGUCAAUGAUCGAAUAAGAGCGAUGUAUCAAAGUCAAAAAUAUCCUGGUAUCGUUCUAACUGUUAAUAAUAAUUCCAAAAAAUUCAAAAUGAGAUUUGAUGCUUAUCCAACAGCAGAAUUUGAUCGAUGGUACACAUUUGCUUCGCCUGAAUGGUCGUAUGAACAUGAAUAUCAAUCAUCUAUGACAGCAGCAGAUACACCGACAUAUGAUAAUCAAUUAUUGACAAAUGGAAUAUCUCUGAGUGAUACCAAUCCUGAUCAAACUUCACUACAAAAUAAUUCCAUGUCGACAGUAUUAACGGACGAAACAACAACGACAAAAGCGAUGAAUAAUUUUAAAUCAUUGAUUAAAUUUAUGUUACCGCCAGAUUGGAUAUUGAAACGAGAUGAAAUAACAGCACUCGAUCUUAAAGGUCUAGCUGAUUUUCCAUGUGAACAAUUUAUGCAAUCUUAUCGAGAAAAAAUGACACGUAUCGUUGAACAACGAAAAACAGACGAAGCAAAAUGGCGUAGUGUAUUAGAUACAGUUAAAGCACAAGUGACAAAUAUUAUGAAUUUAGAUGGAAUGCUUAUUGAUAAUAAUUGUACAAUCGAAGAUUUUCAAUCAAUGUUAAGUGAAUAUAUCGUACGUAGGCAACAACAAAAGUAA